UUUCUUUUGUGAUAGAAAUUUAAGCGUAUUUUAAACUAAUUCCACAAUUAUUAGCAAAUAUUAAAAAAUAUGGGUAAGGUCAUGUCAAUGGUGGCACGUAAAGUGAAUCGUUUCAAUGUGGAAAAUAGAGCGCAUAGAGUCCUGGAGCGUGACAAACCUGUGCCGGCUCCUAAAUUCGAAUCCAAUAUUCAGGACAUGCAACGAGCCCUUGAAUUGGACCCGAAUCUAAUAGAAAAAUUGAAUAAAAAGGAUCAAGCGCUUGACGAUCGAUUGAAAGAUGUUUAUGUAACUUCGGAGGAUAGAUUUAUCGACUAUGCUGCGCAACGUACAGAUCCAGAUAAACCACUUCCAUUGAGUCGAAAAACUGUACAAGAUUUUGAAUAUGGAUACAGAGAACCAACUCGAGUUGUACCGGGUCGAUGUACACUUCGCCAAGCUAUGCAGUUUAUAACAGACCAUCAAAGUGACCCGGAUUUAUGGACAAAACAAAGAAUCGCCACAGAUUACAAAUUAAAAGAGAACGUUGUCGAAAAUAUUCUGUAUUAUUUUAAAAGUUUUAAUGUAUACAUCCCAGACAAAGGUCAGAAGGAGCGCAUACUUUCCCAAGCUAAAACUAAAUUACUGGAAAAUAAAAAAGAGGAGUAAUAUGAGCUACAUAGAUUGUUUUCUGCCAUUAAAAUGAAUAUUUCGCUUUGGUGGGAAAAUGUAAAAAAUAAUUUACUCUAAUAACAUUAAGUAGAAUUCAUUGUUGUUAAAUUUAAUUACAUAUUGAAAAGUACAUGACGAUUGAUUUACGGU